AUGCAGGGUGUUGACAAGGACCGCGUCAAGAAGGUUGUCUACGAGAUGAGCAAGGACAGCGCCCACUUCAAAAAUGAGCAGCGCAAGCAGGCGGCCGUCGACGAGAAGAUAGCGCGCCUCAGGCAGAGAGCGGCCGCCCUGGGCCCAGCAGAGCUGGCCGCCCACACUCGGGCUGUCGACGCGCGCGUGGCCGCGCUUGAGGCGCGGCGUGACCUUGGCCGCACCUGGCUGCACUGCGACAUGGACGCGUUCUACGCGGCUGUGGAGGAGAGGGAUGACCCCGGCCUCAGGGAGGUGCCCAUGGCGGUCGGCGGCACGGGCAUGAUCACCACCGCCAACUACAUGGCUCGCCCCUACGGGGUGCGCAGCGCCAUGCCCGGCUUUGUGGCCCUGAAGCUGUGCCCCCAGCUGGUGUUUGUCAAGCCAAACUUUGAGAAGUACACAGCGGCCAGCGAGGAGACACGCCGCGUGUUCAGGGUGUAUGACCCGGACUUCAGGGCAGGCAGCCUGGAUGAGGCGUACCUGGAUGUGACGGACUACUGCAGCCGCCACGGCGUCACCGGGGAGCAGGUGGCAGCUGAGCUGCGUGCGCGUGUGAGGGACGAGACCAGGGGCCUCACCUGCAGUGUGGGCGUCGCACCCAACCAGCUGCUCGCAAAGGUCGCGUCCGACAUCAACAAGCCCGAUGGCCAGUACGUCCUGGCCCCCUCCAGGGCCGCGGUGACGGCCUUCAUCAGCUCUCUGCCCAUACGGCGGGUGCCCGGGAUCGGCAAGGUCACGGAGCAGCUGGUGUCUGCCCUGGGUGCCACCACGUGUGGCGAGCUGUUUGAGCGCCGCGGCCUGGUGGCGGCGCUGUUCAGCCCCGUGGCCCUCGAAUUCUUCCUGGGGGUGUCACUGGGACUGGGCGCCACGCGGCACUCUGAGCUGCCGCCCGAGUCUGAGCCGCAGCGCAAGGGCAUCUCCUGUGAGAGGACCUUCAAGGCGGUCUCGGACCCCAAAACACUGCAUGAGACGGUGGGCGCGGUGUGGGGUUGGGAAGAGGGCGUUGGUGGUGGACCUGGAUAG